AGAUCUGCGACAAUUACAAGUGCGUUUUUCUUUCUUUUCUUUCUUCUGGUUGCGGCGACACCACAAACGGCGUCCAGAGGAGACUCCACACUUUCUUCUUCUUCUCCAGCUCAUAUUCGUUAUCAAAGCAGCCUCUCGUUUGUGGCCACAGGUCAUCUCUUUUCUGUGUUUAUUCUUUGUUGUUUGUGUUUUCGUCCUCUCUAAGCGCACUUCAAAGUCCAGUUGACGUGUUCAUUGCGGUUGCUUUUUUCUGUUGCUGAAAGGCACGCUCACCGCAGCGCUCUCGAUUGUACACGCACAAACCCCGUGGCCUCCCCCCCCCUCCCUUCUUCUCCCUCCUUCUCCCGCAGGUGUUGCUGUGGAGGCCACACUUAUGCGUUCUCGCACACCCUUCUGCGCCGCUGGGCGCGUAGCUGUGGUGGCGGUGGUCAUCGCGCUCGCCCUUUUCAUCUCUGUCGGUACACCGGUGCACGGUCGCGAAGCGGCGGCGCGUGUGGACGACACACGCCCUGCAGGAAAGGAUGCUCUUGAACUCGCUGAAACUCAAAAGCCGAUCGCUUCCGAGGCUUCGAAGAAGGGCAGCGACAGUAGUAGCUCCGUAUCGAACACAACGACGCCCGUCCCCGAGGCGUCGAAGAAGGGCAGCGACAGUAGUAGCUCCGUAUCGAACUCAACAACGCCCGUCCCCGAGGCGUCGAAGAAGGGCAGCGACAAUAGUAGCUCCGUAUCGAACACAACGACGCCCCCCACUACAACUUCUCCUACCACCACGACCACCACGACCACCACCACGACCACCACGACCACCACGACGUCCACCGCAACCACCGCAACUCCGUCAAAACCCACCAACCAAAACGACAACGGCGGCAUUCCCGUCCUUGCUUUUGUGAUCAUUCUUAUCGUUAUCGUGGGGGCGGUCUUCUUCGGCAGCCGCGCCAUGCCCCGGGCGUGUCCCUUCUUUCGUAGUGGCGGCGGCGGCAGUCGCGAGCCGAAGCCGCACACACAGCAGUACGCCCGCCUCGACGGUUGUGCUUUCAACGGUGAUGACGAGGACUACCGCGGCAUGGAACCGAGCUACGCGGCAAAAGGUGGGAGUGGUGGCCAUCCCGCGCUCCGCACGUACAAACCAAUGCGCGGCAACGCCGGCGGCGAUGGCCGCGGUGAUGUGUAUGUGGAAAUGCAGGAACGGGUGACAGGGGAGUCGGGCGGCGGCGCGGUCCUCGCUUCACUUCUGCCGCGCGAUCACGCGGCACCGGCGCCGGAUGCCUUUUUCGCCGCCGUGCCUUCGAGUGCGUCCGCGUCUGCGUCGUCGUCGCCCAUCCCAGGGCUCUCCAAGAACUCGGUGCGGUCCCUCCGGAAAGGCAAACUCGGACCCGCGCACGGCAUGACGCCGCUUGUCAGCACGAAGAGCGGUGGAAGCGACAGUGGUGCUGGGUCAGCGGCGGCGGUGGUGGCUGGAGGCCCGCACCCCAACUCCGGCCACGGAGGUAGUGGUGUGAGUGGGUCACAGCUCAAAGACGACUGGGACUGGUCGGACGAGGACAAGGACAAGUAA